AUGCCAUAUAAAAUCUUUGAGAAGCUUAAUCUAGGUGACCUCUCCCCCACUAAUAUGUCAUGGAAAUUAGCCGAUCUAUCGGUUAUGUAUCCUUUGGGGAGGGUUGAGGAUGUCCCCCUCAAUAUCGGCAAGCUUACACUUCUUAUUGAUUUUGUGGUCUUGGACAUUGAUGAGGAUGCCCAAACCCCUAUUAUUUUAGGGAGGCCAUUUUUAGCCACCGCGGGCUCCCUUAUUGAUGUACAAGCCGGGCUUAUCACCUUGAAGGUGGGAGAUAUCAAGGCUAGCUUUAAGCUUCCUCGUGUAGAAGGUUGUUUGAAAGAAAUGAAGAGUUGCAUGAACGUCAAUACUAUUGAUUGA